CCGGCCGUGCGUGCCGCCGUUGAUCCGGUGCUGCAGUGAGGAGGUGGUUCUUACCCGUGUUGUGUGUGUGUGUGUGUGUGUGUGUGUGUGAGUGAGAGAGCGAGUGAGUGAGUGAGUGAGUGAGUGUGUGUGUGGGGGGACUCGGCUUGUUGUUGUCGGUGACUUCCCCCUCCCCUCCACCCCUUCCCCUCCCCGCCGCCGCUGCAGUGGCCGCUCCCUGGGCUGUAGGAAAUGAGCGAUAACGAUGACAUCGAGGUGGAGAGCGACGAAGAGCAACCGAGGUUUCAAUCUGCGGCUGACAAACGGGCUCAUCAUAAUGCACUGGAACGAAAACGUAGGGACCACAUUAAAGACAGCUUUCACAGUUUGCGGGACUCAGUCCCAUCACUCCAAGGAGAGAAGGCAUCCCGGGCCCAAAUCCUAGACAAAGCCACAGAGUAUAUCCAAUAUAUGCGAAGGAAAAACCACACACACCAGCAAGAUAUUGACGACCUCAAGCGGCAGAAUGCUCUUCUGGAGCAGCAAGUCCGUGCACUGGAGAAGGCGAGGUCAAGUGCCCAACUGCAGACCAACUACCCCUCCACAGACAACAGCCUCUAUACCAACGCCAAGGGCAGCACCAUCUCUGCCUUCGAUGGGGGUUCGGACUCCAGCUCGGAGUCAGAGCCUGAAGAGCCCCAAAGCAGGAAGAAACUCCGGAUGGAGGCCAGCUAAGCUACUCGGGGCAGGCCAGCAAUAAAAACUGUCUCCAUCGUCUCAUCCUCCUUUCAGUUCAUUGUUAGAACCCUCAGAACCAUUUAAGAGACUCUUUAUUUUUCUCUUUCUCCCUUUUUUUUUAAUUUUUAUUUUUACGUAGAAGCUCUUGGACAACAGCUCUCGUUCUCCUUCCCCAUUUCCACUAUUUUUUUUUAAUGUAUUCCCUUCAGGGAUUCCCUGUCCCCACCAGGAAUUUUUAAACCAAAACACCCCAACUUGGCAGCUUUUUCUGUGGAGGACAGUCGGCCGGCCGGACCUCUGAGCACAUAGUGUCCUGCCCACCCCACCAGCUCCUCCAGCCCUGCCGGGCAUGUGCCUGGAGGACGCCUGCCCCGCCCAGGCCUCUCCUCCCGGUCCACCCUCACCUCUGUUUGAUAGACUUUGUGAAUCUGUGAACUGCUCUACUUUGAGAAGACAACCGGAUUGGAGUAAUCAGAAUUACCCCUCCUCCUUUUUUAAGGAUUAUUUUUUUUCUUUUUCUAAAAAGCUAUUUAUCGCUCCUAUUGAAAGACCAGAUCUUUAAAGAAGUUUGUGGUAUGUAAGGAAAGUGGGGACAGAUUUGCAGCGCAGAGUCUUUGGCAUGUUUCACUCCUGCUUCUCUCAGCCAGCUGUUUAAGCCUGCGGUGCCAGCCUUACGGAGGGCCGUGUGACUCUCUAGGGGUAUGUAUGGGAGACGGCAGCAGUGAAGCGGCAGCCGCCAGGGAGUGGUUAUUUGGGGGUGGGACAGGGAGGGAGUAUUGGGUGGGGUAGAGGUUUUGUAUUGAGGGCCAGUGAUGAUGUUUUGAUAUUUAUUUCCUGCUACUGAAAUUUGAAUCUGAGUGAAUUGUCCCUAUUUCUGAUGAUGUCGAUAUUGCAAAGCGACAGAUUCAUAAAGUAAUGAUCAAAUCUUCCUUUCUUUCCGUGUAUAUUUCUAAGAAAUAGAGCCAACUGAUUUUGUAUGUAAAUACCAAGAGCAAUUUACCUGGUACUAAACCCGCACCCCAGUGCGGACCCUUCCCUGCCCUCACCCCACUGCCUUUCCUGCUGUCCCGGAACCUGUCUCCAUGGUGUGAUCCAGCCCUGGUUCUGGCUGUGGUCAGUAGAUCCCAGUGAAGGGUUUUGUGUGUUUAGGCCUCAUUUCUUUGUCGUUUUCCUACUCCGUUCCCAGCAUUUGCUGAUUUCUAGUGUAUACUCUGUAGUCUCAGUCUGUGUUUGAUUCCAUUCCAUGGAAAUAAAAAGUAUGUUGUACAUACUGCCGAAAAAUUGUCUUGCAAGUUAAGGCUUCCCCCUUUACUAUAAGACUAUAAAUAAAAACUUAUUUUAUCCUU